AUGCAGAGUUUCACUUUUGCGCCGCCCACGCUGGCGCCGCGUGAAAACCAGCGCAACUAUGUCUUUGUCGACGAGCACAACAGACACAAACGCCUCAAAGUAAUGAGAGCGUGUGAGGGUUGCCGUCGGCGUAAGAUCAAAUGCGACGCUGCAACAACCAAUGCCUGGCCGUGCGCCGCGUGCAUCCGCCUCAAGCUCAAUUGUGUACCACCCACAGUCAGCUACGACAAAGACUUCAACGGGAACUCACAGACGUUCGAACUGGAACCAAGACCCGAGGACUAUGGCCAGCCAGGCCCACCUGCUCAACAUGACUACCCUCGUCAUCACUCGAUGCCGCACAUCAUGCCGCACCAGAUGCCACCAAACCUACCCACGCCGGUCUCUGGAAUGUACCAGCCUUCACCCUACUCUGACCCGCAGUCACAGGACGCCAUGCAGUACCCUGCCAUGUCUCAGUCACAGCAGAACAUGAGCUAUCCCCCGCAACAGGCGUACUCUCAAUCCUCCGCCACGGCGCCAGCGAUGGUUAUGACUCCCCCCGAGACGGAGUCUCACUGGAGAAGCGAGUCUGUAACAAGCCUGACAGACGUUCUGGGUGAGCUCAGGAUUGACCACACCGCCAUUGCGCCCUACAUCACCAAUCAAAAGAAAGCGCUGGCAGAAACGCCUGCGCAAGAAGAGUACGAAGUGCAGCUUCCAGCCUCCGUCAGCCUGGACCACAUAGUCCGCAUCCCACCAGAAAUGAUGCCCUCGGAGGAGCAAGCCCUGCACUACUUCGAAUACUUUUUCGCCAACAUCCACCCUUACGUUCCGGUGGUGAACAGGUCUUAUUUCUACCAGCAGUGGCAGAGUGCGCGCGACUCCAUCUCUCCGCUCAUGCUCGAGGCUAUCUUUGCAUGCUCAACCAUGAUGCUGGGCGACGUCGAGGAAGGCAACAAAUGGCUCGCUCUCGCCUCGAAACACGAGGAGAGCUUCAAGGACGUUUCUCGAUUAAGCACCAUGCAAGGAAUGGUUCUUCUGAUGAAAGCCCGCGAAGGCUCGCCGAAACGCGGCUACUUCUGGCGUUCCUGGAUGGCAGUUGUUAGCCUUACAGCGAUGGCGAAAGAUCUGGAGCUUCACGAGCAUUAUGACACCCACCAAAUGGGCAAAUCUUGUGGUUCUACAGCUCACGACUGUGUCGCAAAGACGCGAGUCUGGCAGAUGUGCAUGGUGUACGAGGCCAUGAUUGGCGGUCCCCAAGGUCGUUACGACUACAGUGUUGAUCUAGACACUGUGGACUUCGAUAUGCCGAGACUGAUCCCUGGCCAAGAUCCCACAGAAUAUCAGGUCGCCCGCCAGUUCAUUCAGUAUAUCCGAAUCGCCAAGAAUGUGUAUCUUUCAGCCUUGAUGUACGGGAAGCUACGCAAAAAGACAUCCGAAUGGGCACUGGAUCCGGCAUUCGUAGCACACAACACCGAUUUCUCCCUUUGGCAGCGAGAACUACCCGAUGACCUCCAGAUUUCCUAUCCUCCGGAUAACUCGCCUCCCUGGAUCCCGUCGCACUAUCUUGCGAACUUGCACAGCUAUCAGGCGCUUGCAAUUGUCAUGCAUUUCAGACCACAGGUCAAUGCAGUAGCAGAGUCGUACGACGGUAUCUGGAAGCAGCACAUGAUGACAUGUUACUCUGCUGCAAAGACCAUGUGCAAGCUGCAAGAAGCGAUUCUGAAGACCUACGGCAUGCCUGGCUUGUUGUGCAUGCUGCGAGGCAUGAGCUUCACAAUCUACGCGGUUCUGACUUGCACAAUGUUGCAUCUUGUUGCAAUCACCUGCCCUGACCCAGAUAUCAACCGGGAUGCUCGAGACUUCUUUGUAAGGCAUAUGCGUGUCCUGGAGACUUGUGCGCCAUCCUUCCCGAUGCCCGAGAUGCAGGCCCAGGUGAACAGCUUACGCCAAGCCUUCUCCGCGGACAUCACAAAGCCAUUCGAGCUCAAACCAACUUUCCCAUUCGGAAGUCCGCAGGUCGCUCCUCAGUCAAGCCCUUUGAGCAGCCAAGGCGCGUAUCGACCUCGUCAUCCGAGUCACCCUUCGCCGAUGGAACAACCAGGUCAGAUCAACUACCAUGCCCACCCCAUUACUCCACCGAUAUCGGCCUCAGACCUCGGUUCGAAGACUGACUCUCCUGUAGCUCAGUCUCUGGUCAUGAUGGCAUCUGGUCAGCGUGCGCCACAGACGAAUGCGGGUAUGCACAUGCAGGACAAUGUGCAGUGGAACCCGCAACGCAUCUUUGAUCAAUGGAAUGUAGCCUUUGGUACGCCUCCCCCUACCGCGUCCUCCUCGUCAUCCCCGCCGCUAAGACCCCAUCCUCCAGGCACGAACUACGACAUGCGUCCGCAGGAUGGAAACUCGCCGAACUACCAAAUGUCGAACGUGUCGCCACAGCAAAGCGGAAUCCAAGGAACACCAGGUCAUCUCCCCCCGGCCUCGAGUUAUCCAACCACAAACCCAUCAUAUGUUACCCCAACCAUGUGGCAAGAGGUCGUCGCAAGCUCAUUCCAACCUGGAUCCAAGCGAGGAUGGGAUCAGGGCGGCGCAGCUGUGGUCGAUCAGUCCAUGUACAAACGAUCACGAUGA